CCCAGCUGUAAUACACCGUGCUGUUCACAGCUCUGUUGAGUUUUCGGCACAGCAAGAGCAGGCUGCAGUAAUGUCAGUUACCUGGAGGCACAACCAGGACUUUGCUGCCCGGUGGUUCGAGGACGAUGAAGAACCAGUUUACUAUCGCAACUUCGAAAAGAGUGCAGAGCUAAACACACACACGUGGUCUCUGAAGAUCUCCAACCUACAAAAGAGCUUCAGCGGCAGUUACUCAGUGGAGAUCAACAACAAAGACCCAACCACGAGUGUGAAACUUGUCGUUCUUGAUCCUGUAUCUAAGCCUAACGUCACCCACGUCUGCGACACCACCAGCAACAGCUGCACUCUGACCUGCAUGGCAGAGCAAGGUGAUGAUGCUGAGUACGUCUGGCGCGAUGCCAAGGGCAACACGCAGAAAGGACACGAGUGGACAGUGCAGAGGCCUGAACAGGAAGACACGUCCUUCACCUGUAACAUCAGCAAUGCAGUGAGCUGGGAGACUGCGGAGCUGGUUAUCACUGUGGAGCAGAUAUCUGCGGAUGGCGUUGAUGAGCCCACCAUUCUGCACAGCUGCAACUCCACCACAUGUGUCCUGAGCUGCACUGCGUUGGGGAGUCAACCCCAGUUCAGCUGGACUGAUGGCAACGGGUUGCGGGUGUCAGGUCCAGAACUGGUGGUGCAGAGGGGUGAACAGCUGGACAAGAUCUACACCUGCAACGCCACCAACGCAGUCAGCUGGAAGACCAAGAGCAUCAUGGAGAGAGAGAUGUUUCCAGUGCUUCUGACAGUGCAGUUGCAGCCUCAGCUGAUGCAGAAGGAGGACGAUAGCACCCGAUUACUGUAA